CACCGCUGUUGUGGGCGGUCUCAGGAGACAUUUGGCUUGGAGAGUCUCUGGCACUGAGCCAUCAUGGCCUGGAAAAAUAACAACAGCGUCAACUUCAAGUAACCUGGAUCUAACUGUCUGUGCUACUUUAGCUGCAAACAGCGCAAAAACAACAACAACAAAAAACAAAACCCUGUAGUUUCUGCAUUUCAACUAUGCAUCUAAGGUGUGUUUGAUUAUCCCUUAGCUGGGUCAUCGUCUUUUCCACUGGGUAGCUACGAGCCAUGUCCUCACAACAACCUGUCAGCUCAACUUCCAACAGUCCAACCAGCAUCUUGGGAUCUCCUUUUUCAGUUGUUAGCCCUUCACUCAACUCCCCUGUAGUAACACCCUCUCUUGGAUUUGGACCCAUCAGCAACAAUCAGAUCAGCUCCUCAGCACCCAUCUCAGGGAUGCAUUCGAUCAGCAGCUCAGAAGAUAUCAAACCUCCAUUUGGCUUCAGCCCCCUGUCAGCUCACAGUCCUGGAAUAAUGCUGUCUCAGAAACGCCUGUGUGUCAUUUGUGGAGACCGCUCUUCUGGUAAGCACUAUGGAGUCUACAGCUGUGAGGGUUGCAAAGGUUUUUUUAAACGAACAGUACGCAAAGACCUGAGUUACACAUGCAGAGAUAACAAAGAGUGCCUGGUGGACAAACGCCAGCGUAACCGCUGCCAGUAUUGCCGCUACCAGAAGUGCCUGGCCAUGGGCAUGAAGAGGGAAGUGUUGUCUUUGGUUGGUGCAGCGGUCCAGGACGAACGUCAGAGGAAUAGAGAGCGCGAAGGAGAGCUGGAGUUCAGUGUCGGAGUGAAUGAAGAGAUGCCUGUGGAGAAGAUCUUGGAAGCGGAGACUGCUGUGGAACGAAAGACUGAGCUUCACUCUGAUGGAAGCUCUGCUGCCAUUUCUCCGCAAGAUGCUGUAACCAACAUCUUUCAGACCGCAGAUAAGCAGCUGUUUGCUUUGGUGGAAUGGGCAAAAAGAAUCCCCCAUUUCUCUGAACUGCCGCUAGAUGACCAGGUGAUCCUUCUGCGUGCAGGGUGGAAUGAGCUGCUAAUCGCCUCGUUUUCCCAUCGCUCCAUUGCUUUGAAGGACAGUGUUCUCCUAGCUUCUGAGCUGCAGCAUGACAGUGCACACACCGGAGUUGCUGCCAUUUUUGACAGGGAGCGUGUGCAUAGUGCAGAAGUUGGUGCUAUAUUUGACAGGGUUCUUACUGAGCUUGUCAAUAAAAUGAGAGACAUGCAAAUGGAUAAGACAGAGCUCGGCUGCUUACGAGCUAUUGUCCUGUUCAACCCAGAUGCUAAAGGGCUCUCCAACACCAGUGAGGUGGAGCUCCUCAGAGAGAAGGUCUAUGCAUCGUUGGAAGCCUACUGCAAACAGAGAUACCCGGAGCAGCAAGGAAGGUUUGCCAAGCUCCUGCUUCGGCUGCCAGCACUGCGUUCCAUUGGCUUGAAGUGCUUGGAGCAUCUCUUCUUCUUCAAGCUGAUUGGUGACACGCCUAUUGACACUUUCCUUAUGGAAAUGCUUGAAGCCCCCCACCAGUUGUCUUAGAUAGGAAA